GGUUUAGGUUAGGUUAGCGGUAGAUCUUUUAGAAUAUUUGAAGUUCUAACAUCUGUUAAGGUUCGAGGAUUUCAUGAAAGGAAGGUGAAACAAGUUGGUGUUGAACAACUUGGUAAAUAAAAAACAUAAAGUAAAGUCGAGAAAAUGGUGCUCGAUCUGGAUAAUUUCCGAGAGGAUAAAGGUUUCAACCCGGAAAAGAUCCGAGAUAAUCAGCGAAAGCGCUACAAGGAUGUUAGCUUGGUGGACAUAGUUAUUGACAAGGACGUGACAUGGAGGCGGCUUCGAUUUCAAGCCGACAAGUUUAAUAAAUUAAAAAACAUCUGCAGUAAGGUGAUUGGUGAAAAAAUGAAGAAAAAAGAAGCCGUUGGCGACGAAGAUACCGUACCACAGUUUAUAGCCAAUGACCUCGACGGUCAGGUCAACUCUAGUAAUCUUAAUAAGCUUACAAUAACACAGAUCAAAAGGAUUCGUACGCUUAUUGAUGAAGCAAUCGUUAGCAAUGCUCAGGAACUCGUCGUAAUCGAGACUGAGAGAAACAAUGCCCUCAAGGAAAUUGGCAAUCAUUUACAUGACAGCGUACCUGUUAGCAACGAUGAAAAGGAAAACAAGGUGGAGAAAACAUUUGGCGAUUGUAGCGUAAGAAGAAAAUAUUCGCAUGUAGACCUUAUACACAUGAUAGAUGGUAUGGAUGGAGAAAGAGGUUCUGCAAUAUCUGGAGGUAGAGGAUAUUUUUUAACCGGUGCUGCAGUUUUCCUGGAGCACGCUUUAAUACAGUUUGCUCUUAGGAAACUAUUUGAUAAAAAUUACAAACCGUUAUACACUCCAUUUUUUAUGAAAAAAGAUGCGAUGCAAGAAGUCGCACAAUUGUCUCAAUUUGAUGAAGAAUUAUAUAAAGUGAUAGGUAAGGGUAGUGAACGUGGCGACGAAAAGGAAUUAGAGGAAAAAUAUCUUAUCGCUACCUCGGAACAGCCGAUAGCUGCUUUUCACAGAGGAGAAUGGAUCUCCGAAUCUUCGUUACCAAUCAAAUAUGCUGGGCUGUCAACUUGCUUUAGACAAGAAGUAGGCUCUCAUGGACGCGAUACUAGAGGAAUAUUUAGAGUUCAUCAGUUUGAAAAAGUUGAACAAUUUUGCCUUACGUCUCCUCACGAUAAUAAAUCAUGGGAAAUGAUGGAAGAAAUGAUGAGAAACGCAGAAGAAUUUUACCAAGAUCUGAAAAUACCAUAUAGAAUUGUAAAUAUUGUUUCCGGUGCUUUGAAUAAUGCUGCAUCCAAGAAACUUGAUUUAGAAGCCUGGUUCCCUGGCUCGGGCACGUUUAGGGAACUUGUGUCGUGUAGUAAUUGCCUGGAUUACCAAUCUAGACGCUUAUUAGUGAGAUACGGUCAAACAAAAAAAAUGUUUAGUACCACGGACUAUGUGCAUAUGCUAAAUGCAACAAUGUGUGCAGCGACAAGAGUAAUUUGUGCUGUUCUAGAAAUUUACCAAACAGAAACUGGAAUUAAAGUGCCAACAGCAUUAGCGAACUUUAUGCCUGCUUUAUACCGAGAUGAAAUACCGUUUGUUAAACCUGCACCAAUCGAUGAGAUGGAAAUGAAAAAACAGAAAGACAAAUAAAUUAUAUUUAUAUUAUUUUUUUAUAUUAUUUUACUGU